CUUGUAAAGAACAUCAAGGGAUCACAGAGAAGAUUAGGUGGCAGCCUGGGACUCUAGGAUGCCUCAUUGUGGGUUCUGGGGAAUAUAGCAGCCAUGUGGAGGAUGAAGAAGACAAUGGAAGGUGUCGUCUUGUCUCUGACUAUCCACGGCCAGCUUUAACAGGCAGGAUGAAGGUGAAGUGGAGCAUGUUGGGCAUGCUGCUCUUCUUCUUGCUCUCCGUGGUGAUGACCUGCUGCUUCAUUUGGCAAUAUAGGAUCCCCAAGAUGAAGACAGAAGAGGAUCUGAGAGAGACAGCAACAGAAGACAUGUGUCCACGUUACCCAGACCCUGUACCCCUCAAACAUCCCAUCACCGCCUUGAGGGGGGCUUUGCAGAAGGUUGACAUCCUCCUGAGCAGCAGUGUUGAUGCCACCAAGCGUCCAGCAAUGUCUGCUGUUCUAGUUUUAAACGACUCGGUUCUAUGGCUGGGUAAUUUUGGAAAGAAGAACAUCAGCGAGCGGACUUCAGCAGCGCCCCAUGAGCACACGGUGUACAGGAUAGCAAGCCUCUCCAAGAUCUUUCCCACUCUGAUGUUGUACAAGCUGUGGGAAGAAGGACUUGUGGGCUCUCUAGAUGACUCUGUGGAGAAGUAUGCAGACAACUUCACCAUCAAGAACCCUCUGGGAAGAAGUGCUGAGUCAGCAAACACCUUCAAAAGACCUGCAAUUACUUUGCGAAGGAUGGCCAGUCAUCUCUCUGGAUUACCGCGCAGAUUAAGGUCAACUAACCUCCUCUGGAGUGGAGACACACAAGCAGCCAUUCAUUUAUUACGAGAUGAUGUCCUUGUUGCGGACCCUGGAACAAAAUGCCACUACAGCAAUGUUGCCUUCUCCCUGCUCGCCAACGUCCUGGCCCACAAACUGACCGGAAUGGACUUUGAGAAGUGGCUUUUUCACCACAUUUUGGCUCAGCUGGGCAUGAAGAACACUGGUUUCGACAUGAGUCCAAUGAUCCGGAGCCAGAUGGCGGUGGGUGUCUACAGCAACGGUGAGCCCGCACCUCUUUACAACUUGGGCUGGUAUCGGCCCGCGGGUCAGAUGUACUCCACGACUGCUGACAUGGCCAAACUUAUGAUGGCCCUCCUGGGCUCACACAGCAGGACGCUUCUCCGAAAGGACACUCUGAACACGAUGCUUGGCCUGGUUUUCCAGUGCCAGAGAGGCUACUUUGCCAACUACACAGGCACGCCCUGGGAGAUCAACCAGCAACUGGGCUACGAUGUGGUAAGAAAGGAUGGCGACUUGGACGGCUAUGCAGCCACUCUCUCUCUUGUGCCACGGCUUCAACUGGGACUGGUGAUCCUGAUGGCAGGAGUUCGACCUUCGGACAAGGAUUUGGUGAGCCUGAUCUACAGCCACCUCCUUCCUGCCGUGGAAGGCGCAUUUAGGGAUGCUGAACGGAUUCCUAGACCACCGCCUGACCCGGCUCCUUAUAUUGGCUUUUUCACUUACAAGAAUAUGACUUUCUAUGAGAUUAAAACGGGAUCAGAUGGAGCGCUGGUCAUGCAGCAGUUUGGACCACAGGUGGAGAAAAGUCUUCCAUCCAAAUACCAAACCCUCAGGCUUGAGUACCUGCAGGACAGGGUGUUCAGAGUGGUGUUAGAGAGCCCAUACCCUUGUCAAUUCAAGGUCAACAGUGCAUCGGUCUCGCUGGAGAUACAAGACAGACAACUCUUUAAUUUCUACCUCUUCAACAAGAAAGGUGUGUCACCAGGUUUCGAUUCUCCAGGACUCAACACAUACAGAGUCAUGCGGAUAGCCAGCAGACCAUUUUUUACCACAUGAAGACUGAAUGUUGUCAUGGUGAUGACUACACCCUGGAUCAUUUAUAUGGUGAAUUACUGUGUGAGUCCACUAUGUGAACUAGUACGCUACCAAUGGCCAUGUGAGUCUUGGAGUACUCACCUAUGUCUGCUUCAGGGAAUAAAACCAUGAAUUUCAUAGAAAGAUCCCCCAGGUUAGCCAAAUAGUCCUCAGAAGAUUCCAAUAAAAUAGAGAAACAUGGGGGUAUGACUGUAUUGUUGGAGAAGAACUGUCUUAAACUGGUCACUUCUGUGGUUUCACAUUUAAAAAAUUGGCAAGGUAUCGGCGGAGAUGUGUGUUCGUCUUGUACGAAUCUAUCUACUUAUGCUUAUCUGAGGUCGGGUCAUGAGGGCAGCAGCCUAACCCAAGACGUUCCUCUUCUCAACACCACCCGAGGUGUUCCCAGAGAGAUAGAGUCUCCAACGUGAAGUGAAUUAUAUUUAUAUAGCGCUUUUCUCUCGUGACUCAAAUCCAUCCGUUCCCUGUAUGAUCAGUGCCAGAACUUGGUCCGCAUUGCCGGCAGUAAGUCGGACACAUUUCCAGUGAGGGUUGGACUCCGCCAAGGCUGUCCUUUGUCACCCAUUCUGUUCAUAACUUUUAUGGACAGAAUUUCUAGGCGCAGUCAAGGCGUUGAGGGGUUCCGGUUUGGUGACCGCAGGAUUAGGUCUCUGCUUUUUGCAGAUGAUGUGGUCCUGAUGGCUUCAUCUGGCCGGGAUCUUCAGCUCUCACUGGAUCGGUUUGCAGCCGAGUGUGAAGCGACCGGAAUGAGAAUCAGCACCUCCAAGUCCGAGUCCAUGGUUCUCGCCCGGAAAAGGGUGGAAUGCCAUCUCCGGGUUGGGGAGGAGACCCUGCCCCAAGUGGAGGAGUUCAAGUACCUAGGAGUCUUGUUCACGAGUG